AGCAUCUGUGCUCCAUCUCAGCUCUCCUUCCUCUCCUCUUCCUCCUCCUUCUGCUCUCUCACUCUCCGUCCUCCGCAGCUCUGACUCACUCAGCGCUUGUUUUUACCAUCAGCACCGAGCCGAACCACACAAUCCGGAAUCAUGUCCUCCAACCUGCCCCCCGGGACUGCAGCUGGGGCCAAAAGCAAGCCCCUGUCCCCCUACAGGAAGCGAGGCAGCCUGCAGUACACAGCUAGCACAGUUGAUCUUCGUGGUGCGCGCCACCUCCUCACUUCCCAGCAUUCCCUGCCUGGGAUCCCUGUGGCCUUGAAACAAUCCAUUGACCUGCGUACAUCCAUGGACGGGAAGUACAAGGAGAUUGCUGAGGAGCUGUUCUCCCGCACUCUGGCGGAGAGUGAGAUGCGCAGUGCCCCCUAUGAAUUUCCUGAGGACAGCCCCAUCGAACAGCUAGAGGAGAGAAGGCAGCGCCUCGAGCGACAGAUCAGCCAGGAUGUCAAGUUUGAACCUGACAUCCUCCUCCGAGCCAAACAGGAGUUCAUGAAGACUGACAGUGCCACAGAUCUGGAAUACAUGAAGGAGCAGAGCCAAGCUCCUGAGCUGCAGGAGAGAGAGCUGGUUCCAGAGAGAGAGUACCAGCGGGUCACGAUAUCUGGAGAGGAGAAAUGUGGAGUUCCCUUCACAGAUCUGCUGGAUGCAGCUAAAUGUGUCGUGAAGGCACUGUUCAUCAGACAGAAGUUUAUGGGUCUGUCUCUGCAAAGUUUCUGCAGGACCACCGCUCGCUAUCUGCAGGAUCUCAGUGAGAGACCGCUAGACCUGGAGAUCUAUGAGGAGGAGGAGGAAUUCCCUGACAACACAGCCAAUGCAGAGGCCACAGUGCACCCACCUGUUUUUGAAACACACCCCUACGAGAACCAGGAUCCUGCCAGCAUGCCACCUGACAUGGGUUAUGGCUGCAAGAUGGUGGAUGGUGUCAUGCAUGUGUACACAACAAGGAGCAUAAUGGAAAAGAGUACAGAGCUAGAGCUGCCCUAUCCAGACCUGCAGGAAUACAUCGCUGAUAUGAACGUCAUGAUGGCUCUUAUUAUCAACGGACCUGUAAAAUCCUUCUGCUACCGACGCCUGCAGUAUCUCAGCUCCAAGUUCCAGAUGCACAUCCUGCUGAAUGAGAUGAAAGAGCUGGCAGCACAAAAGAAAGUCCCACAUCGGGACUUUUACAAUAUCCGUAAGGUGGACACGCACAUUCAUGCCUCCUCCUGUAUGAACCAGAAGCACUUACUGCGUUUUAUAAAGAGAGCCAUGAAAAAGUACCCGAAAGAGAUUGUUCAUGUGGAGAGAGGGAAGGGUCAGACCCUCAUGGAGGUGUUUGAGAGCAUGAAUCUGACCGCCUUCGACCUGAGUGUGGACACACUGGACAUGCAUGCAGAUAGAAAUACUUUUCAUCGCUUUGACAAGUUCAAUGCCAAAUACAAUCCCAUCGGAGAGUCCAUCCUGAGAGAGAUCUUCAUCAAAACAGACAACCACAUCGAGGGAAAAUACUUUGGCCACAUCAUUAAGGAGGUGAUGUCUGACCUGGAGGAGAGUAAAUACCAGAAUGUUGAACUCAGACUGUCGAUCUACGGACGCUCCAGAAAUGAGUGGGACAAACUGGCUAAGUGGGCCGUCAAACAUCGAGUCUACUCUAAUAAUGUGCGCUGGCUGGUGCAAGUGCCUCGACUAUUUGAUGUGUACCACACCAAGAAACAGCUGUUUAACUUCCAAGAGAUGCUGGAGAACAUCUUCAUGCCUCUGUUCGAGGUUACAGUCGACCCCGGCAGCAACCCAGAGCUACACCUCUUCCUCCAGCAUGUUGUAGGCUUUGACAGCGUGGAUGAUGAGUCAAAACCAGAACAGCACAUCUUUAACCUGGACAGUCCGCUGCCAGUGAACUGGACAGAGGAGGAGAACCCGCCCUAUUCCUACUACCUCUACUACAUGUAUGCAAACAUGACCGUGCUCAAUCACCUGCGCAGGCAACGGGGCUUUCACACACUCGUCCUGCGUCCUCACUGCGGGGAGGCGGGGCCAAUCCAUCACCUGGUGUCAGGUUUCAUGUUGUCAGAGAACAUCUCACAUGGGCUGCUGCUCAGGAAGGCUCCUGUGCUGCAGUAUCUGUAUUACCUGGCACAGAUUGGUAUAGCUAUGUCGCCUCUCAGCAAUAAUAGCCUGUUUCUCAGUUACCAUCGUAACCCUCUACCAGAGUACCUGUCCAGAGGCCUCAUGGUGUCUCUGUCCACAGACGAUCCUCUGCAGUUUCACUUCACCAAGGAGCCCCUGAUGGAGGAGUACAGUAUUGCUGCUCAGGUGUGGAAGCUGAGCUCCUGUGACAUGUGUGAGCUGGCCAGAAACAGUGUCCUGAUGAGUGGCUUCUCUCAUAAGGUUAAAAGCUCCUGGCUCGGUCCAAACUACAUCGAGGAGGGACCGGAGGGUAACGACAUCAGACGCACAAAUGUUCCUGACAUCCGUGUGGCAUACCGCUAUGAGACCAUGUGUGAAGAGUUAAAUUUAAUCACACAAGCCAUCCGCACGGACGAGCUGGAGACCAUUGAGGAGGAAGGAAGUGCGUCUAUGGGAUCUGUGCAGGCAGAGAAGUGAACAAGAGCCCACGCACUACUGUUUGCACAUGGGGACUUUGUACAGAUUUGCAUAUCAACAUAUCACAGCUGUGAGGAGAGAGCGAGAGAGAAAAGCUUUGUUAUAAGAUGAAAAUGAGAGUCGCUACUGUGGCAGUAUGAGAAAGGACCUUCAAUCUGUGUACCUAACGUGUUUACUUCCUCAAGUUUCUCAGAGUCAUCUGUGUUUCAUUUGUCAUGGUGAUUUCACAAUGUCUUUCCAUCUAUUUAUUUUGAAUUAUUUUAUUUUUAUGGGGUGCGACUAAAUUUUGUCAGCGUCUCUGUCCAAAGACUGCAUACUCUGUACCUUUUUCUUAGUAGUAGACACUGUACUCUCAAAAUUCAAAACUGAUAAAAAAAAAAAAUCCCCUGUGGAACAAACAAAGUGAAAAGAACGAUCUGGAACCAUGUUAAAGUCAGAUUCUUACAGGACUGUAGCCUCCAUUCAUGAAUUUGUGGUCAUGUUAUUGUUGGAUUUUCUGUCAAGUGGUGUUAACGAUCUUGAGUGAAAUACAGCCACGUGGUGGGUAUUUUCUUAAGCUGUUAAAGCAUGUUAAGACUCAAAGUUAAAAUUCCUCAAGUAUCAGCCAAACAAAAGGGAUAAAUUUAGUUUAACAAAGGAUUUUAAAUGAUUAGAGAUGAUUUCUGUUAACAAAACUGACAGCUAUUCAGAGUGAGUGUCACAUCUACAGUAGAUGAUGGUUUCAGAAGC